AUGACAGGGAUUUCGAAAGAACGAAUGCAAACGGCGCAGGCGCAGGAAAAGGCCAUUUCGGCCGAAGAUCACGCCAAGGUCAAGGCGCUGGCAGGCAUGGUCAAGAUGCCACGCAGCUUCAUCUUUAAGAACCCGGACGAGUACGGCAUGGAGGGGUGGCAUGACCUUUCCAUUCAGUCGGAUGAUGGGACACCCCUCGAGGCGUGGUACAUCCCUGCUCGUGGCGGCGAGAGUGACCGGCUGGUCAUCUUCAACCACGCGUUGCCCAUGUGCCGGGCCGGCUAUCCAGGUCACAUGGGCCCGCCGUGGAGCGAGUUUAUCGAGCCCGUCGAGAUUGACUUUGUCGUUCAGUACAAACACCUGACCGACGCAGGCUACAAUGUCUUGACGUACGACUUUCGCAAUCACGGUCAGAGCGGCGCGGCCAACGGCGGAGUGUCCGGUAUCGGUCAGUGGGAGUGGCGCGACUGCGUCGGCGUGAAGCGCUUCGUCGACAUGCACCCUCGCCUCGGCCGCAUGAAAAAGGCCUUGUUCAGUCAGUGCCUGGGUGGUAUCUCUCAAUAUGCGGCCAUUACCAAGCGGCCCGAGCUUUUCGACGAUAUUCGCUGCAUGUGUAGCCCCCUCGUUCCCAACAUGUCGGCCGUGUUUUCUAAGCUGUCCGGCGCCCAAGGUAUCAGCCAGUACCAGGAACUCAUCGAUUUGGAGCUCCUCAAGCUGGGAGGCUUCCCCGCCGCUGACAUGUCCGGCAAGCUGUGGGCGCCUAAUGUUAAACUCCCCGUUCUCAUGUGGCAGGUCCACGACGACGCCAUUAUCGAGAACCCGUCCGACGCCCAGAGCACUUUCGACGCUCUGGCCAGCCGCGACAAGGAACUGUACUGGAUUGAAGGCACGACAAAACGCUUCGAAGACGGCUACAACUGGUUCGGCCGCCACCCCGAAAAGGCGCUGGCCUUUUUGAAAAAGUAUAUGGACUAA